AUGAAUACGACACACACAAGAGAAGAAGAAGAAGAAGAAGAAGAAGAAGAAGAGAAUAACAACAGGAAAAAUAUGGGACCUCGUUCUCGUUCUCGUCCUCGUCCUCCUCGUCCUUAUCUUUCGUUUUUCUUCUUCUUAAUAACGUGUCAAUCAUCAAUUAUUGCAACAAUACUCGUGGUAAACGGUGACUUACACCGCGGGGAUAUCGUUCCGACGAGCAGUCGAAUGCAUCUGAAAUCGUCCAAGCAACGAACGCAGUGGAUGGACGUUUUGGAGAAGCACUGUCCGAGCUUUGGGAGGAAUAAAAUGGUCGCGUACAGAGUGGAGAAACCAACCUCGCAUUCGUUGAUGACGACGACGGAAGGAGAGGAGGAGGGAAAAGAGCAAUCAUCAAACGAGAUUAAGAUACAGUUUGCCUUCGAUAACGAGAGACAUUUUACGGUGUGGAUGCCGUUACGUUUUUCUUCUUCUGUUUCGCCGCCGCGAACAACGACAACAAAGGGGAAAGAGAAGAAGAUACCGAUGAUUACGUUCACGUUCACACACCACGCCGGAUACAUCGUGAACGUGAAGAGUGAAUCGUCCUUCAUUGAGAGGAAAGGAGCGAAGAAACAGUUACAUCAACAACAUUAUGAAGCGCUCGCUGAGGAGUGGUCGUCAACUUUGGCGCGAAGAAGCGAGUGGCCGAAACACGUGUUGUUAAAAUACGAAUUCAUCGAGAAAGAGAGCGUGGACGUGAAUAAAGGGUUAGGGGUGUUGAUGUCGUUCAUGUUGUUAGUAUUCGUUGCGUCCGUGAGUAGAGUAAAAAUGGAUGAAGAUGAUAGCGGCGAGGAUGGAGAUAGCAAUAGUAAACAAAAAGGGGGCUAUGAGGACGAAGCGCCAAACGUCAUCGUAGGCGCGAAUACGAGCGAAGAGUUAGUAAGAAGGCAAGCGCGGCGCGCUUCGGAUUUCAUUUAG